AGAAGGGCGACGAGGGCGGGGCAUGUGGGCAGGGAGGCAGUGUGUUUCUCUGUCCAACAUUUCUAUCAACAAAACGCUGAGAGAUCGCAGGAACCCGACUGGCGGUGAAGCACACGUGAUGCUGCCCUCGUCCAGACCUCUGUGCGCGACCGUGCUCCUCUAUCCAUGGUAAACAGACAGGCGCAGGAGCUCGAGGCAGUCGAAGGCAUGGAGGCCCCUGUUUCUCAAACGCACAAUCUCCACACUCAGCCACAGCACAGAAAACGACCCGAGGACUUCAAGUUUGGCAGAAUUCUCGGAGAAGGUUCCUUCUCAACCGUGGUUCUAGCAAAAGAGCAUUCUACAGGAAAGGAAUAUGCAAUCAAGAUUCUGGAGAAGCUGCACAUCAGGAAGGAGAAUAAAUCACACUAUGUACAGAGGGAGAGGGACAUCCUGUCUACCAUAGAUCAUCCCUUUUUCGUAAAGCUCUACUUCACAUUUCAGGAUGCUGAAAAGUUAUAUUUCGGACUCAGCUACGCGAAAAACGGCGAACUGCUCCGCUACAUUCGCAAAAUAGGCUCAUUUGAUGAGACCUGUACGCGAUUUUACUCCGCGGAGAUCGUCGGCGCUCUCGAGUAUCUACACUCAAUAGGAAUUAUUCACAGGGACCUGAAACCAGAGAACAUUUUACUGAACGAGGAGAUGCACAUCCAAAUCACAGAUUUCGGAACGGCGAAGCAAUUUACUUCUGAUAGCCCUCGAACAAGAGCGAGCUCUUUUGUCGGGACCGCACAAUAUGUUUCUCCAGAACUGCUGACUGAAAAAUCUGCAUGUAAAAGUUCAGACCUUUGGGCUCUAGGCUGUAUCAUUUACCAACUGGUGGCUGGAUUGCCCCCCUUCAGAGCAGCGAAUGAAUACUUGAUUUUUCAGAAGAUAAUAAAACUGGAAUAUGACUUUCCAGAAAAAUUCUUUUCCAAAGCAAAGGAUCUCGUGGAGAAGCUAUUGUGUUCAGAUCCCACCAAGCGUCUAGGCUGUGAGGAGAUGGGGGGCUACAAUCCCCUGAGAGCCCACUCAUUCUUCGAGAGCAUCUCUUGGGAGAACCUUCAUCUGCAGACUCCUCCGAAACUCACCCCGUACCUGCCAGCCAUGGCCGAGGACGAAGAGGAGUAUUACGGCAAUUACGACGACCUUCUGAGUCAGUUCAGCAGCAUGGAGGUGGUUCACUCCAGUUCCUCGCAGGCUCUCUCAGUGCCCACCAUGUUGUUGCCCCAGAGAUCCACCAGCAACAUCGAGCAGUACAUCCAUGACCUGGACAACAACUCGUUCGAGCUGGACCUGCAGUUCUCCAGCGAGGAGAAGCAGCUGCUGUUGCAGAAGCAGACCAGCAGGAACCCCUGGCACCAGUUUGUUGAGAACAAUUUGAUACUUAAAAUGGGACCAGUUGACAAAAGAAAGGGUUUGUUCGCUCGCCGAAGGCAGCUGCUACUCACCGAGGGGCCGCACCUCUACUACGUAGAUCCUGUGAAUAAAGUUCUCAAAGGCGAGAUUCCGUGGUCUCCUGAACUGCGACCAGAGGCCAAGAACUUCAAGACUUUCUUUGUCCACACGCCAAACAGGACGUAUUAUUUAAUGGACCCCAAUGGCAAUGCGGACAAAUGGUGUAAGAAGAUCCAAGAAGUCUGGGGAAAGAUUUACCACAAUCAUCAGACUACAGGCAUGUAGAGAGAGAAAGAGAUGAGAGUCUUCUCCUCAAGUCAAGGCACGUCCUCAUGAACUGAGCCUUUUAUUCAUUAAGCACCUCGAAGUACUUCAGCGAGAACAUUUCAUGAUUUAAGUCAAAAGUACGUUCUGUAGUCAGUCCUUAGCUACUCUCGAACAAGAACGUGCACAGGUACUCGAACGGUUUGGAAAAAGCCAGUGGAGCAAUUGAAACAACGGAGGAUUGCAUUUUGCACUGAACUGUAUAUAAAAGAAUCAGUAUGAGUGUAUUUAUAGGUAUGGGACUGCUGUAGACUUUUUUUUGUUGUUGCACUUUCCUCGUUCGAGGACUUUGUCAGCAUGAAAAUCAGUGCCUGUUGUUCUGUUGGAUUCAUUUCGACUUCCUUAUUUAUUACAAUUUGGAAAAUACAUCAUUUCGCUUAUACUUUACCCGCCGUGUUUCUCAUCUGUAGGUUGUUGCUUAGAAUUGAAAUUGCUGUAUCGUUUAACGCAGGGAAGUCGGAUGAGUUACAGUGUGACGUCUACAGGUUUUAUUCGAACAAACAAACUAAAACGACCUAAUUUAAGCAGUUCCUUUAAAUCCUGGAUAUUCAGGAGGCUUUGUUGCAUCGUCAGCAAUUAAAAGACUAAAUAAUUGUAUGCUGUUUAUGCAGAAUGUGUAAUUCUGCCAUUAGAGUGGCAUUUUUAUUCAGAAAUAUUGUGGUUUUUGGUUUAUUUUUGGUUCACAGAUCUUUUUUUUCCAGUCAGAUAAAGGUACAUUUUCUUCGCUGCAUGCGUUUUCUAUUUGAGCUAUUAAUUUAGCUUCGUUUUUGUUUGUUUUUUUUAUGUUGAAAAUCCUCUGUAGCUGUAAAUAAGAGCUAUGAAUGCAAUCCUGAACACACACUGAAAUGCUGUAUCUGUUCUAAUUAACACAUGAUUGUGGAUCUCUUUCUUUUUUCUUUUGAUAGAUUUUCUUUGUACAUUUAAGAUUCUACCUGCUCUGUGGCCGAACACAACUGUGAUGUACAGAUAUUCAGAAAGUAACUUAAUGUAACAAAGAUACAGCUUUUAUAUUUUUAUUCUUCUAUAAGAUUAUUUGCUGACUGUGGUUCAGCUUGCUGUUUAUUGUGGCGUUUUUCUUUAUUCCUUUUUUUGUUUUUUAUUUAAAUCCUAAUAUAUGAACUGUGUUUAUAAGAGAAUCGCAUUUAGGGGCUGUGGUCUAUACCCUGAGAUGUCCUGAGAUGUAAAACUUUUGAAUGUGAAAAAGAAAUUGUAAGCUAUUCUCUUUUGCUACCUUUUCAUUUCAUUGUACAUAUUCUGUUCGGUUAUUAAAUUAAUAAUGACGGAA